UUUUUAAUCCCCCCUCUCUCCAGGCUGAAGAAAACUGGGCAUUAUCAAUGCUUCUCUUUUGAUUUCCUUUCCUCCCCCCUCUUCAGAGUAUUGUGUAAUCAUCGGGUCCUUUUAUUCUAUAUCUGUAAAUAGACAAAGGAACCAGCACAGGGAGUUUUUCCUGGAGUGGCUGUUCACAGUUACCUGUUGAAAUGAACCUCACGUGCAGACACGUUUAUUCCACACAGAUGUGUCGACCCGCCCCUCCUUUACUUCAAACUUGCACUCUGGUCGUUCCCACUGCCCGUAAAAGUUAAUUGAGGAAGAGGGGAAAAAAAAAGAGGAGUAUUUGUGCAGGUAAAGCUCGUUGUUUGGAGGGCUGUGGGUGCAGUGACAGCAUUCCUGCAGGGAUGAACCCCUAAGGCUGGCAAAAGGAGCAUCUGAAACCAGCACAAAAACAAGCACUGAGGGAAAUUCCCCUGGGAAGACUUUUGCAGGAGGUGGAGUGUAAUGGAGUUACAGGGAACUCGGGAGUUGCCAUUCCCGGAUGAGUCUGUGUGGAAUUCACCUGUCCAACCUGGAGCAGAGUGGGUUUGCUCCGUGUCUGGUGCUCUGUGUCCAGAGGGAACAUCAUUUCCUUGCUGCUGGUGGAUGUCUCCUCCUUUCACCCCCAGCAGAUCGAAGUUCCAGGGAGGAGAGUGAAAGGAGUUUGUGACACGAUGAGGAUCCGCUCCCUCCAAGCUCUUCCCUCUUUCUCCAUGGGAAGAGCCCGAGUGGACAGACAAUUCUUGGCUCACAGACAUGGCUGACAAGAACAGCACCCUGAAAUGCACGUUCUCUGCUCCUGGCCACAGCACCACUCUGCUGCAGGGACUGGCCUCGCUCCGAGCUCAGGCUCAGCUGCUUGAUGUCAUCCUCACUAUAAAUAAUGAAGUGUUUCAGGUUCAUAAAGUUGUCUUGGCUGCCUGCAGUGACUAUUUCAGGGCGAUGUUCACGGGCGGGAUGAGAGAGGCCAGCCAGGAUGUGAUCGAGCUGAAAGGUGUGUCUGCCAAGGGCCUGAAGCACAUCAUAGACUUUGCCUACAGCGCCGAGGUGACUCUGGACCUCGACUGCAUCCAGGACGUGCUGGGAGCCGCCGUCUUCCUCCAGAUGGUGCCUGUGGUGGAGCUGUGCGAGGAGUUCCUCAAGUCUGCCAUGAGCGUGGAGACGUGCCUCAACAUCGGGCAGAUGGCCACCACCUUCAGCCUCUCCUCCCUGAAGGAGUCCGUGGACGCCUUCACCUUCAGGCACUUCCUGCAGAUCUCCGAGGAGGAGGAUUUCCUCCACCUGCCCCUGGAGCGCCUGGUGUUCUUCCUGCAGAGCAACAAGCUGAAGAGCUGCAGCGAGAUCGACCUGUUCCGCGCCGCCGUGCGCUGGCUGCAGUACGACCCCGCGCGCCGCGCCAGCGCCAGCCGCGUCCUGUGCCACAUCCGCUUCCCCCUCAUGAAGUCCUCGGAGCUGGUGGACAGCGUGCAGACCCUGGACAUCAUGGUGGAGGACGUCCUGUGCCGCCAGUACCUGCUGGAGGCCUUCAACUACCAGAUCCUGCCGUUCCGGCAGCACGAGAUGCAGUCGCCGCGCACGGCCAUCCGCUCGGACGUGCUGUCCCUCGUCACCUUCGGCGGCACGCCCUACACCGACAACGACCGCACCGUCAGCUCCAAGGUCUACUGCCUGCCCGACCCGGGCGGCCGCCAGUUCAAGGAGCUCACGGAGAUGGAGGUUGGCAGCAGCCACUCCUGCGUGGCCGUGCUGGACAACUUCGUCUACAUCGUGGGCGGGCAGCAGCUGCAGUACCGCAGCGGGGAGGGAGCCGUGGACGUGUCCUACCGCUACGACCCGCACCUCAACCAGUGGCUGCGCAUCCAGGCCAUGCAGGAGAGCAGGAUCCAGUUCCAGCUCAACGUCCUGCGCGGCAUGGUGUACGCCACGGGCGGCAGGAACCGCUCGGGCAGCCUGGCCUCGGUGGAGAAGUACUGCCCCAAGGACAACGAGUGGACCUACGUGUGCUCCCUGAAGCGCAGGACGUGGGGCCACGCCGGGGCCACGGUGGGGGACAGGCUGUACAUCUCGGGAGGGUACGGCAUCUCCGUGGAGGACAAGAAGGCCCUGCACUGCUACGACCCCGCGGCCGACCAGUGGGAGUUCAAGGCGCCCAUGAACGAGCCGCGGGUGCUGCACGCCAUGGUGAGCGCCAGCGGCAGGAUCUACGCCCUGGGCGGCCGCAUGGACCACGUGGACCGCUGCUUCGACGUGCUGGCCGUGGAGUACUACGUGCCCGAGAGCGACCAGUGGACCACGGUGAGCCCCAUGCGCGCCGGGCAGUCGGAGGCCGGCUGCUGCCUGCUGGAGAAGAAGAUCUACGUGGUGGGGGGUUACAACUGGCACCUCAACAACGUCACCAGCAUCGUGCAGGUCUACAACACCGAGACGGACGAGUGGGAGAGGGACCUGCACUUCCCGGAGUCCUUCGCCGGGAUCGCCUGCGCCCCCGUGAUCCUGCCCCAGGUGCCCAGCCAGAGGUGACCCCGGCGGUGCCCCCGCCCUGGGCUCUUUGCUGCC